ACUAAAAAAACUGCUGGCCUACUCUGACACAUUUCCAUAUCCCCUCCCGAGGAAUACGUACUUCAAAGAUAAUCCACAGCCAUGAGAACCUAUAUCCCGGGAAGAACAGAUCAUCUGCACCAAAUAAAGCCUCUUAGGAAUUUAAGUCGAAUACAAGAAAGCUCUUGGUCAGGAGGAGUUUACCAGGGCUCUUUUACCAAAAAGAAAAACUUGCAAUCAGUGUGUGGACGACCUGUAUACUCUGGACGCAUUGUGGGUGGCCAAAGUGCUGUUUUGGGGCGCUGGCCCUGGCAGGUCAGCCUACGUUUUGACUACACCCACUCUUGUGGAGGUUCCCUCAUCAGUGACCACUGGGUGCUGACCGCAGCACACUGCAUAAAAAAGACCUGGUUCAAUUUUCUGUACAGUGUGUGGCUUGGAUCCAUCGAUAGAGAGUACUCAAGCACAGGCAAAGAAUACUACGUGUCCAGAAUUGUCAUCCCUGACAAAUACCGCCAUACCGAUGGAGACAUCGCCCUGUUGAAGCUGUCUUCUCGGGUCACCUUCACGUCUGUUAUUCUGCCCAUCUGCUUGCCCAAUAUCUCAAAGCAGCUGACAGCUCCAGCUUCUUGCUGGGUGACUGGAUGGGGACAAAAUCGGGAAGGUCGGUACCCAUCUACUCUACAAGAAAUUGAAGUGCCUGUCAUUUCCAGUGAGGCAUGUGAACAACUGUACAACCCAAUUGGCAUCUUCCUCCCGGAUCUGGAGCGGGUCAUCAAAGAAGACAUGCUGUGUGCGGGUGAGAGCCAGGCGAGGAAGGAUAGCUGCAAGGGCGAUUCUGGAGGGCCCCUGUCGUGUUACAUGGAUGGUGUCUGGACACAGAUGGGUGUGGUAAGCUGGGGUUUGGAGUGUGGUAAGGAUCUUCCAGGAGUCUACACCAACGUGACCUACUACCAAAAGUGGAUCAGUACCAUUAUCUCAAGAGCUCCGGGCUUGGGUGGUGGCUGCACUCACAUGGCUUUUUGUUCCCUACUGUAUUACUUUCUCUGGCUCUCCUGGGAUCCUCCCGAGCCUUUGGCCCUAGCAUAAUACCAAGACAAUCUAAGAGCUGAUGUUUCUGGGGAACUCAUGGGAUGGGGUGUACGGAAAUAAAGCCUUAGCAGAGAAUUCAGGAGACAGUUGCUGGGAUUCCUGGAUGACUAGCUUUAUGUAUUCGAUUUCACGGUUCUUGGUUUUCUUGUGUUUUAGUAGUUGGAAUGCAAACAGCUGAUAAAUAAAGGCUACCAUUUCUGUGCAA